AUGGAUAUUCUUCAAAUAUUAGAAAAUGCAUUAUUAAAUCCUGAUGCAUCAAAGAGAGCGGAAGCAGAACGUCAAUUGGACGAGGCCGCUAAGAAUCAUUUUGUUGAAUACAUAGGGUUGCUUACCGAUGCAUUGGCUAAUGAGGAAGCCAAGACUGAAGUGAGAAUGUUGGCAGGUAUUGGUUUAAAGAAUCAGUUGACUUCAAAGGAACAGAAAACAAGAUUAGAGCAACAAAACAGAUGGAUUUCAUUGGAAGUAACGGCGAAGAAUAAGAUAAAGGAAACUUCUAUGAAGGCAUUAUUGACUACUGACGAUAGGGUUGCGGGUUCUGUUGCACAAUUGGUAGCUGCUAUUGCAGAUAUAGAAUUGCCAAGAAAUGAAUGGCCGGAGUUGAUUCCAAUUAUAAUCGAGAAUACUAAAACUGACAGACCGGUAAAUGUUAAGCGUGCUUCCUUGUUAGCAAUUGGUUAUAUUUGUGACACUGCAGAUCCAAAUAACCCAACGAUUGUGGCACAAGCCAAUGGUAUUUUGAUAGCUAUUAUCCAAGGUGUUCAAAGUAACGAACCUUCGAAGAUUGUGAGAUUGACAGCUUUAAAUGCUUUGGUUAACUCGUUAGAAUUCAUCAAGUUUAAUUUUGAAAGAGAAGGUGAAAGAAACUACAUCAUGCAGGUUGUAUGUGAAGCUACUCAAGCCGAUGACAGUGAAUUACAAGCCAGCGCAUUUGGAUGUCUUGCAAGAAUCAUGUCCUUAUAUUACCGGUUCAUGGCUAUAUAUAUGGAAAAGGCUUUAUACGGUUUAACUGUAUCGGGUAUGCAAAGUGCGGACGAAAGGGUUGCAUGCAUGGCUGUUGAAUUCUGGUCUACUGUGUGUGAGGAAGAAUUAGAAAUAACCUUACAAAGAGAAGAAUAUGGUAUUGAAGCACAACCUGAAUUAGUAAGUUAUAACUUUGCUCUUGUUGCUAUUCAAGAUGUAUUACCUACAUUAUUGACAUUAUUGACUAGGCAAAAUGAAGAUCCAGAAGAUGAUGAUUGGUCAGUAGCUAUGGCUGCAGGUUCUUGUUUACAAUUAUUCGCUCAGAAUACAGGAAAUUAUGUUGUUGAAGCUACGUUGCAAUUCGUUGCAGCUAAUAUUGGCAAUACAACCGACUGGAGAGCGCGUGAAGCUUCUGUUAUGGCUUUCGGAUCUAUUUUGGAUGGUCCAGAUCGUGAACAAUUGAGGAGUUUGAUCGGUCAAGCCUUGGAACCAAUAUUACUACUCAUCAAAGAUGAAUCAUUACAUGUGAAAGAAACGGUUGCAUGGUGUUUGGGUAGAAUUGCCGAUUUAGUUGUUGAUGCAAUUGACAUCAAUCAACAUUUGCAAAGUCUUUUGGAAGCAUUGGUUACCGGAUUACAAGAUCAUCCUAAAGUGUCGACUAAUUGUUGUUGGACAUUAAUGAAUUUAUUAGAGCAAUUAUGUUCUGAUGGACCUAAACAAGAAACAACAGUUAUGUCUCCAUAUUAUCAGACUAUUGUUCCAAUAUUAGUACAAUUGUCUAAUAAAUCGGAUAAUGAAUAUAGCUCCAGAGCGUCGGCUUAUGAAGCAUUAUCUACAUUUGUUAUAUACAGUGGUAACGAUUCCAUGGCGAUCAUUCAAAACCUUGCUAGUGAAGUCUUGAACCGUUUAGAAUCUACUAUUGGAAUGCAACAACAAGUUCUCACCAGUGAAGAUAAGGCUAAUUUAGAAGAAUUGCAAGUUAAUAUUUUAUCCUUAUUAACCAAUAUUAUCAGGAGAUUAAGUAAUGAAGUCUCCCAAGCUUCUGAUAAUUUGAUGUCUAUGUUUUUGAAGUUGUUAGAUGCUCAAGAACCAAAUGCUUUAAUUGAGGAAGAUAUUUUCAUAGCUAUUUCGGCAGUAGCUGGUGCAACUGGUCAAAACUUCUUGAAAUACAUGGAAGCUUUCUUGCCAUUCUUAACUAAGGCCUUACAAAAUACUGAGUCUCCUACAUGUAACACUGCAGUUGGAUUGGUUGCGGAUUUAUCACAUUCGUUAGGAACAUCAAUCUUGCCAUACUUGGAAGGGUUAAUGAAUAUUUUAGGUGCUAAUUUGAAUAAUACUGAAGUUAAGAGAGACUUAAGACCAGUUAUAUUGUCCUGUUUUGGUGAUAUUGCAACUUCAAUUGGUAGUAAUUUCCAACCCUACACGGAUUUUGUAAUGCAGAUAUGUAUAUCAGCUUCCAAUAUUGAACCAGAAGACAGUUCCAUGGAGACUAUUGAUUAUGUUUUAAAUGUUAAAGAAUCAGUUUUAGAUUGUUACGUCGGUAUUGUCGGUGGAUUGCACGACAAUCCUCAAGCCAUUUAUCCUUAUGUUGCACCUAUUUUCCAAUUUUUACAAUUAGUCUCUUUGGAUAUCAAUAUGUCAACCACGGACUCAGUUGCCAGAUCAGCCACUGGUUUAUUGGGUGACAUAGGUGCUAUGUUUCCAUCUGGUGAAUUCAAACAAGCUUACAUGCAACCAUGGGUUACAGAAUUUAUUAAGAAGACAAGAUCGAAUCUAAUUUUCCUGCAAUCGACAAAAGAUACUGCAAGAUGGGCUAGGGAUCAACAAAAAAGACAAAUUAAUGUGUAA